AUGAACGAAAGGGAGCUGUCUGCGGUCAUUUCGCACUUGUCGACGGCGGAAUGGAGUGGAGUGAGGGAACUGAGCAUUCGCCAGACUCCGCUGCUCUCCAUCGAUGAUCUUCCAAAACUGGAGCUUCUAGAGACCAUUGAUCUGAGCCAAAAUGGGUUCAACGACGAUGUCUGGCUAAACUCCAAACGAAUAUUCCCUGCAGUUCGGAAAGCAGUCCUAGAACACAAUAAUUUUACGCGUGCUGACCGAAAGCUGUUGACUCCUUUCCCCAAGAUAGAGGAAGUGCAUCUUGGACACAAUCACAUAUCGCACAUCGGCUACGAUUCAUUACGAAUGCCUCACAUAAGAAGCAUACGACUGAACGAUAACGUUAUACAGGUCGGUCCUGGCACUGCGGCUAACUUACAAAUCGAGGGCCUACCAGGAAAAAUUUCUUAA